GCAAGGUGACGCGGGGGCAGCGUGGGACCAUCGCUGCAAGCAGAACCAUGCGGAACACCCGGUGUCUAGCCCGGUUGCGUUCCAAGCUCAUCGCGUCAUGGGAUCAUCGCAGAUAGUGCCUUCUCAUACUUCACUUCUCGGCUACAUUUGCUGUAAAACCAUGUGCUUGAAACUAGUCGGCUUUCGAACUCUGUCGCUUCUGAUAGUCAUUAUUUGUUCCAUGCCUUCAACAGCCAGCAUUGUGAGUGAUGGAAGUUCGGACUUCUGCAUAACAGAACCGCUGUUCAGUCAUACGGAUGAACUCUAUGUGAAGUGCAACGUGAAAAAUGUCAAUGACAUAUUCCACAAUCCUUCAUCAAUCCACCCAGAGAGAACUGUGAAGUUAAAAGUGAAAUGUGAUAAUAGCUACAUUUCGAAACAAGCGCGUGGUGAUUCUGAGAAUUUAGUGAACAAUACGUUCGGUAUGUGGAAAAAUUUAAAAGAAGUGUAUAUUGAGGACUGUAAAUUAUCCAGUAUUCCUCCAAUGGCUUUCAGUGGUGCUUCUCAACUGACCAAUUUAACAAUCAGGUCCAGAAACGUCCAAAACGGAAAUUUUGCUCUUAGAUUGUCGGCUGAAACGUUUUCUCAGUUACUAUCAUUAGAGAAGUUAGAACUGGGAGAAAACAAUUUAGGACAUUUGCCUCAGACUUUACUCUGCCCUUUGAGACGUCUUGUGUCAUUAAAUCUUACUCUGAAUAACUUUUCGGACAUAUCUAACGUCGGAUUGUCUACAGGCGGACGUGAUAAUGUGCUAUGCUUAGUAGACGUCCAGCGUGUCCAUUUAUCAUACAACAGAAUUAAGGUGCUGUCCAACAAAGGAUUUGCUGCUGUUAAUCAAUUGAGAGAACUACGUAUUGACCAUAACGUCAUAUCGAGAGCGGAAGAAUCUGCUUUUUAUGGUUUGGAAAAUCUUAGUGUUCUUGACUUGUCCAGCAAUCAAAUGGUUGCGCUUCCUCCAUUUGUUCUAAGACCCUGUGAAAAUUUAAAUGAAUUGUUUCUUCAAAACAACUCAAUUAGCGUUAUACCCCCCGGAUUGUUUGCCAGUUUGCAGCAGCUUUUGGUUCUUGAUUUAAGUCGAAAUGAAAUUACUAGCCAUUGGCUAGGCGCAGAAACAUUUGCUGAUUUGAUUCGCCUUAUUUCAUUGGAUUUGAGUUUUAACCGACUUUCCCAAAUUGAUUCAAGCAUUUUUCGAAGUCAAUAUAGUCUUCAAGUAUUGCAUCUUAGCCACAACGAAAUCGAGGUAAUUUCAGAUUAUGCAUUUUCUUCUACUUAUAAGCUGCAUUCUCUUAUGUUAAAUAACAACAGGCUUAAAAGACUUACUUCAGUAACGUUUAGCGGACUGAAUGUGCUUAAUGUACUGUUGCUAAAUAGUAACGAUAUUGAUUUUGUCCACACUGAUGCCUUUCGCAAUAAUAGUGCUUUGAUGGAACUGAAUUUGGCUGGAAACAAAUUAAACACCGUACCAUCAGCCGUCCAACCAUUGCAGCUACUUCGUAGUCUUGAUCUGUCCGAUAAUAGAAUAACUGAUAUUCACAACGCCAGCUAUCUAGGAAUAGAUAAUUUGUAUAGCUUAGUUUUGAGUGGAAACAAGAUUGGAAAUCUUACCAGAGGUGCAUUUGAAGAGCUGCCGUCUUUGAGGAUUCUAAGUUUAGCAAAUAAUGAGAUUUACUCUGUCGAACAGAGCACAUUUGAUGAUAUUUUGUACUUACAUGCUUUACGAUUAGAUUCAAAUUUCUUGCCUGAUGUGAACGGACUGUUUAAUAAUUUACACGACCUGUUAAUGUUGAACAUAUCUUCAAAUCGCAUUGAGUGGUUCGAUUAUGCCCUGGUACCAGUUGGCUUGCAGUGGCUUGAUCUCCAUGACAAUCAAAUUGAAAUCCUUGGAAAUUACUUUGAAAUGGAAGCCGUGCUUAAGUUACGAACGUUAGAUGCCUCUUUAAAUCAUAUAACUGAGAUUGAUGCUUCAUCAUUGCCAAACGGCAUAGAAAUUGUCUUUCUAAAUGAUAACCAUUUAAAAACUAUUCAUCCUUUCACCUUUAUGGGAAAACCGAAUCUCACAAGAGUAGACUUGACUCGAAAUCAUCUCGAGAAGUUAGAAGUGAAUGCUUUUCGAUUAACAGAAGUUCGCAAUCGGAAACCUUUGCCAGAAUUUUCUAUUUCAGAAAACCCUUACCAGUGUGAUUGCAAUAUGGAAUGGAUACAACGAAUAGGCUCGCUGGACGAGUCUCGGCAGUACCCACGCAUGGUUGAUAUUGAGGACAUUACAUGCCAACUUUCUUUUAAUCGUCAGCGCACGACAGUUCCGAUUGUGCAUGCACAUUCCUCUCAGUUCCUGUGUCAUUACAAAAGUCACUGUUUUGCACUCUGCCACUGUUGUGAAUUCGAUGCCUGUGAUUGUGAAAUGGUAUGCCCCGAGAAUUGCACUUGUUUUUAUGAUCAGAGCUGGAACACGAACAUUGUUGACUGCAGUUCCCAAAAUCAUAUCUCUGUGCCCCGCCGAAUUCCUAUGGAUGUGACAGAGUUGUAUUUAGAUGGAAAUGAUAUUCCAUCACUUUCAAGUCAUACAUUUAUUGGCAGAAAAAACUUACGUGUGCUAUUCAUGAAUAAUAGUAAUGUUCAUGUGAUAAAUAAUAGAACAUUUAAUGGUCUCAAGUCACUACAAACUUUAUAUCUACAGCAUAAUCGCAUCUCACUGUUGCACGGUUAUGAAUUUGAGCGUUUGGUAAAUCUUCGUGAACUAUAUUUAUCACACAAUCGAAUAGCAACUGUCGGCAACACUACAUUUCUUCAACUACGAGCGUUAGAAGUGUUACACUUGGACCAUAAUUCUAUCAUUGAGUUUCAAGUGUGGAAUUUAAACCAAAACUCUAAACUAGUCGACAUACAGCUUUCCAACAAUCCUUGGGCUUGUGAAUGCCAGUUUGUAGGGGAUUUUUCUAAUUGGCUGCAAUCACGAGAAGAUCUCGUGCACGAUAUAUUCAGAGUGCACUGUGUUUACAAUGAAACGGUCACUUUACCGUUAGUUGAAUUCAACAUGACAACGUGCACAAACUUUACAACAGCCACUACAAGUUACAUCCAGUCUUUCAGAGUGCAUGAUUUUAUGCCUUUGUUUAUACUAAUCGCAUCCUUGUUUCUUAUACUGUUUUUAGCUAUAGUUCUCAUGUUUGUCUUUCGAAAACGUUUGAGUGUUUGGUUCUUUUCCAAAUAUGGAGUACGUAUCUUUAGUUCCGACAGCAGGACUGUGAAAGACGAUGAAAAACUCUUCGACGCCUUUGUUUCUUAUAGUAAAAAAGACGAAGCAUUCGUCGGUCAACUUGCCGCAGAGCUCGAAUGCGGGAAUCCGCAUUUUCGUUUGUGCCUUUAUUACCGAGAUCUCCCGAUUGGCGGGUACUUGACAGAUGCUGUCAUCGAGGCCAUGGAGAGUUCGUGGAGGACCGUCAUUGUCCUCUCUGAAAACUUCCUCCGCAGUGAAUGGUGCCGCUACGAAUUCCGAUCCGCGCACCACGAGGUGCUGAGGACCUGCAAACACAAGCUUAUUGUGAUCCUUGUAGGCCGGGUGGACCAGCGAGACCUGGACCCUGAUCUGAGACUCUGGUUAAAGACCGGAGUUUUCCUCCGAUCCAGCGAUCGUAGGUUUUGGGAAAAAUUGCGAUAUGCCCUUCCAGAUAUCAAGAAAAGGAAAUCAGAGCGCUGUCACUCUAAUGACCAUUCCGUGUCUGUGCAUAUUUGAAAAAAAAUGCUUCAGUUGAUCCCGACACCAAAACGGUGAUCAAAUUGCAAUCUCAACUAUCAUUCAUACUAUCAUUAUUUCAAUAACUAGCACAAGUCAUGGCAGCAGAAUAUUUUUAGAAGCAGUUUGUUAUGUUACUAUUUGCUGCUUUUGCAGAGUUUAUACUGGAGUUGAUGGUUUUAGUUGGCUUGCUUCAAGGGUAAGUGCAAAGUCAUUUUGCUAGGAAUAUUUUUUUUUUUUUUUUUGUGACAUGGAUAAAAAGCUUUUCCUUGAAACGAUUGUGAUAUUCAUAGACUUUCAAAGAAGUGAUUUCUUAUGUACUCGUGUAGUAGCGUUAUUUUGUCAUAUAAUAGAUGGAAUUAUUGUUUAAUAUUUCUUAUUUUUUCAUACUUCUCUUUUUACGUGCUUAAAGAUAUCUUAAAUUACUUUAUGGGAAUAACAAAAAAAAAAUGAUGCAAUUCACUUGAAUAAGCUUCAAAGCAUUGUUGAUAAACUUUCUAAUCACUGUUGUAACUGUUUUUUGUAUUAUUACUAUAAAAAGUCCAAAAUUUUUUAAAUACUGAAAUAGAUGUUAAUUAUUUUGUUUGAAAAUUUUCUAUUCUUCGUCUGUUUUACCUAAAAUCUGUUUUCACUGAGCUAAAUCCUUUGCUGAAUCAUAUGAAAGGUUACUUUAUGAAUCUGUAAAUACUGAAAGUGGUGAAAGUUUGAAAUCUAUUUACGGCAAUAUAUUCCUCCAUUGAAAAAAUGAAAAAAAUGAAGAAAAAAUUGUUUUAUAUGUUUUAAUAUUUUGGAAUUUUCUUGAAAUACUUUCUUUUAUAAAAUAGCUAUAGAAUCUAAAUCUUUGCAAAAUUGUGAUCGAACUGUGAUGGAAAUUUCUGAUCAUGAAGAAUACGUUGAACAUAUUUUAAUUUUCAUAACAUUUUUAUUCAGGUUAUUAAUUGCAAUCCUCGAAAGCCGGUUUAUUUUUUCACUUGAAAAAUUGCCUCUAAAUGUAGAAAAUUGCCACAAAAUGUUAUUGCCAAUGCUUGCUUAAAAAUAAAUAUUGAUGUUUUCUUAAAACUCUAAAUUAAGUCGCACAAGUAAAUUAUGCUUUUCCUCCUAACGAGUGCUACAUGACAGCUGACAGUUUUAUUGUUUUACAGAAGAGUGUUUUAAAUUUAUUGCAUUUUUAGUUAAAUGAAGCUAUUGCUCGAAUAUAUCAUAUGCAGUUACGCAAAAGGAAAAAUAUAGAUACAUUUUCAAACCAAUUAUAUUUACUUUCAUAUUUAACAAAGAAACAAAGGCUUAUAUAAAUUGAAAAGUAAAAAAAUGGCGCAAACAAAUAAGACUAGUUUAUAUUGGAAUUUGUAUAAAUGUAGCUUGAAUAUAUUGAUUACUGUGCUUUAGGUCAUAGUUAUUAAUAUUUUUUACUUUGUUUUAAAUGAUCUGCUUUAUUUCCUAACUAGGAUAGUUAGGGAAGUGCAAUUGAAGAGCAAUCCUAAGUUUAAUAUAAAAUGACCAACCCAUAAAGUUACAUUAAAAAAAAUCAAGUAACUAAUCGUUAGUUUAAAUAAAAUUAAAUGGAUUCUCAAAAUGUCAUAUUUUUGAAAAGACUUUGUUUUAAAAGUUUUGUUUGGGGGAUAAAGAGUUAGAUGAAAUUUUUAAAUGGAAUAUGUUUUUAACGAUAUCAAAAUUUUACCUUUGACGUUAAUUUAUCCGAAUUAAAUUACCUAUAUACAUAAUAUCAGUUUUGAAACUUUAUAAAAUGAAUUUUUUUUCGUACUAUCGGAACUAUUUCCAGCGGCUGUAGCAAUUGCGUUAUAUCAUUUAUUUUCUAAGGUAACCUGAUAUUACAUUUCCAAAAUUAUAGCACUCUUAAAUUGUUUGCAAUAAUAUCUAGUGUUUUCAUACAACAACACUGUGAGACAGAUCUUUUUCAAAUUUAACAGAAUGUAACAUUCUUCACUAUAAUUAUUAUUUUGCUUUCUGUUAUUGACGAUUUAUUCUUUAUCUAGUAAGUUUUUUAAAGGGCCAAACUUUUUUAGUCUUGAUUUGAAUUAACAGUAAUCAUAGUUUUUGAAAUUUGUUUUAAUUUAAACGAAUCUGUUUCGUUACUUUUGAAAAAAAAAAUAUUUUAUUGGUUAUGUAUUUACUAACGUAAAGUUAAAGAUCUUAGAUCAGUUCAAAGUUAGUUAUGCUGGAUUAUCAGUAGAAAACUUAAUUUCAAAACAUUUCUUUCGCUAAUUUUAAAAAUAAAUGUCAACAGAAACAUUUCCUUUAUUUUUAAAAACAUUUAGUUUUAUAAAUCGAGAAGGAUAGAUAGAACCGGUAAGCUUUCUGUUUAUUUAUUUAUUUUUUAAUUGCUUAGAGAAUAGAAUAUGGAAAACUAAAAUAAAAUAAAAAUACAUCAGAACUUAGGUUGUUAUGUAAAUUGUAUGUACUCCUCUGUUAGUUUUUUUGAAAUAUUAUGAAUCGAACAAAAAUCAUAAUUUUAAUUUGUACAAAAUUUGCCUUAAAACCUCUUUAAAGAAAUCAAUCCAAAAAAGUCACGGGGAAAUUUUAUCCCACUAAAUGAAAAAAGUAGCAUAAUUUGAAUAAAAUCACUGUGAUACUGAUAUUCAUUUUCUAAGAUUCCGGUAUCGGUUAUAUGACAUGCAUUACCAUGAUCUAUGAAAGUAAAAAUAAAAUCUAAAUUAAGGUAAUGAGAAAAGGUAUUACAGUAAAACCUGUAAAGUUGACCACCCUUGUAAGUUGACCACCUGUCUAUGUUGACCGCUUUUGUCGGGAACGGAAUUAGUCCUAUCUCAUAUAAUGAAGGAAAACCUCUGUAAGUUGACCACCUCUCUAUCUUGACCACCUGUCUAUCUUGACCACUAAUGUUCGCCAAAUUUGGUUUGGAGUAUUGUAAAAAACCCUUUGUAAGUUGACCACUUGGUUUAUUUUUUUUAACUUUCUUCAGCAAAUUAUUUUAUUUUAUUAGUUAUUUUUUAAAAUUAUUAUUAUGUUUUUUUCAUAGCUUUCCAAGAAUGUUUUUAAUGCUUUGAUGACAGAACAGCAUUUUACUAACUAAACAGCAGCAUAAAGCUUAUGCUGCUCUUUAUUCUCCAAACUUGUUUUUCAUUUGUUGUUCUAUUUGAGAUAUAGCUUUUUGUACUCUGUUCAAUGAAAAUAGAUGUCAGUAGAAAAGUUCAAAGUCUUUCCUUUCCGUUGCAAUAUGUUGUGACACAGGAAUUGUACUAAAAAGAGCAGGCCUGAUCUAUACAUUUUGAUUCCCCUGCAACAAAAUAUGUAGGGCCCCUCCCUAGUGGCCAGCAGUGUCUAUUAGUAAAGUGAAUAAGCCUUAAUGCUAGAUUUUUUUUCUAUUUUUUCUUCAAUUUCUAGGGCCGUUAGCCCCUUUUAGGACGCGGGCCUCUCGCACUGCGGGUCCGCAGAUCUGGGCUUGCUAAUGAGUAAAGUUACAUGUUUCUGGUGCAAGGGAUUAAGAGAUAGGGUAUUUUGAUUUUGCCUUUAUGAACUGGGAGAGUCGAGCUUGUUGCUCUUUGUGCUAUAAGUUUUACAUAAAAAGGUUUCAAAAAGAAAGUUAGCUGAACUUGAGAUUAAUAAAAAGUAUGAAAUAUUAAAAUUAACUGAAAACGGAAAAAGCCAGAGAAUAUUAGCUGGCAUAUAUGGAAUUUCUAAAACUAAAGUGUCUAAUAUAGUUAAAAACAAGGAAAAACUAACAAAAUUAUUUGAAUAGUAUUUUUAAUUAUUGUUUCACUUUCAGUAAUGUUAAACAAUGAAAGUGAGUUGAACAGCAAGAGUAAGGGUGAAUUCCUCAAAAAAUGAAUACAUGGUGCAAGAAAUGACAAAAAAAAAAAAUUAUUACCGCCCUUUAUAAGUUGACCACCCGUCUAAGUUGACCGCCAAAGUACUGCACCGCAAGUGGUCAACUUACACAGGUUUCACUGUACUUGCUAACACUAUUAAUAUUAAUUCAAGAACUAAAUGUGUUUGAGUACUAAAUGGUACAUAAAAAGUUUUGUUCAAAAAACAAUCAAAUUCAACAGAUUUUUUUAUUUCCUUUUUUUUCUUCAUUUUGCUAUUCAAAUUAAAAAUACUUUCAAUAAAUCAUCGUCAUAACCUUUCGCUAAAGAAUAAACUGAAAAAUAACUGUUAAGUGUAUGAGGGAUGUACUAAAAAACUCUGAAAAGUAUCUAAUGUUUUUUCGAAGAUUAUUAGUUUUUCAGCUAAAAGACACUAUCCGAAGUUAUCCAAAAAAGUAUUUUUUGCAGCUUAAGAACGCAGUGAAUCUUUGCCUAAACUGGUAUAAGACGUGAAUCGAACAAAUAUGUUCAUUGCAUAGUUCAGUUUUAAUUAUCAGAGAUUAAAAUUAAGUUUUUUUUUUUUUUUUUUUUUUAAACCCCUUCCAGCUCGCUAACGUAAAAAUCACGGAGGUAGCUUUCGUCUCCUACUCCUCGUGACCGUGAUCUUUCACGGCUAGAGCGGACACAAAGUUCAAGCUAAAAAAACCCCUCCAAAACUCAAAAAUAAAUACCUAUAUUGUUUUAACACCUUUUUUUUUUUUUUGUAUAAUUUUCAUGAACAAAAAAAUUAUCACUUUUACGACCGUUUUCUUGAAAGUAAUGAAAUCAUUAAGGCGUUGAAGAAUUAUGUUUUAAUCUUGGAAAAUAAUUGUCGAACUGAUAUUUACAAAAUAUGGUGCAAACUUCAAGUGCAAGUUUAAAAUUGUCAAGAAACAAACACAUAAGCAUUAUUUGAAUUAUAAAUUUUUCAUACAAAAUAAUUUCAUAAUCUGAAGUUGAUAGUUGAUUGCUGCAUUAAAUCUUUAAUAAAGCCUAAAAGUUGAAAUGGAAUGUAAAAUUUGUGCAUAAAAAUAAUUGCUAUUAUAACGAACAAUAUUUGUUGUGAUCAUCUUUUGAAGUAUUGAAUUAUAUUUUGUAUUGGUUAAUGUUUUCCAAAUCGCUUUAUUAGUUUCUCAUAAAAAAAAAAAAAACUAUUUUUGCAGCUUUUAUUCCAGACUAUAAAAUUGCAACCAAGAAGCAAUAUAUAUUUUAAGAUUUUGGUAAGAAAACUCUUUAACUUUGUUUUUAUUGUUUAAAAUAUUCAUAAAAAGAUGGAAAUUGAAGACAGGCAUAGUAAUAAUAAUAUACUAUUAUACUUUUACUUAGAGGUAGCAUUGUUUCUGUGCAAGAAGUUAUACUAUGGGCAAUUGUGCAAUUUUCUUUUUUUGGAAUAGUUCGCAGUUUUAUAAAAAAAAAAAAAUUAAAAAAAAAAGUUAAUACCUUCUGCUUCAUUGCAAAUUAAGCAUCCCUUUUAGGCAAUUGAGCUGAUGUUAUUUUCUGUAAAGAAACUUGUUCUUGAAAAAAAAAUGCACCAAAUGUACUUCCAAUAAAUAUUUGUUGAAGAUCACAUCGCAUUCCGUAUCUAAAGAAGUACGUUAUUGAUUACUCUAAAGUUACAUUCUGAUCUAAAACUCCUCUCAAAACAAAAAUUAAUUUGAAAAUGUUCUACUUGUCCAGAUUUUCAAAAUAAACGUCAUAGAAAAACAUUUGAAAUUUUCUAAAUCAAGUCAAAAACAUACCAUUAGAGACGGAAAGUUGUUUUUAAGAUUUUUUCGUAGUGUAAGGUUUCUAAUUUUUUACAUCUAUAUAUUUUUUCCAAGAGUUGCGUUUGCUUUUAAAUUACAUUUCUAGAAAAAUGUUUCAAAUUGGUUCAAGUUACAGUUAAAGAAAUUGUUAUUGAAAAAAAACAGUUUAAUACUGACAAAACAAUGUCAUAUAAAUAAAGUUUACAGAUAAAUCUGAAUUUCAAAAGAACAGACUUAAAGGGAAAAAAAAAUGCAUAUACUGUUACAAAUAUACAUUUAUUUCUGAAAUAAGGACUAUAAACUAAUGUAAAACAGAUUAAUUGGAAGGAAAAUGUUUGAACUAACAAACAAGAAAGUAAACGAAGAAACGUUAAAAUAAACUAAUGAAUUCUAUGAAAACUUAGACGUUUUGAUGUUUUCACAUCCAGUUUGCAUCAUUUAUUGUGAAAGUUUGUUUAGAAAGAUCUUCCAUUUCAAUUUUUAUGAAAUAAUUCAAUCUAAUUUUACUGGUUAAGGAUAUAGAAAUACGUAAAAUAUUUCUAUUUCUUAAGUACCCUAAUUAAAAUUUUUAAUUACGACUUUAAAAGAUCUGCUUUUCUAAGCGAAAAAAGUGAAUAUAUGUACAAUAACUGCAAAAUCUUUAUGAAUACAGUUCAGUGUUUAUAUGUGUCCGUGUCACACAUAAAUUGAAGAAAGAUCUUACGUACAAUAUUAAAAAAAAAUAAAAAAAUUAAAUUAGCGAAAAAACUUAAAUGAUCAAUCAAAAUGACUCAUUAGAGAGGGAAAAAUACGUAUAAACUUAGGUAUAAACUCUCCAAAAAAUAACAAACAAAAAAAGUGACUUUUUUCAUUUUGAUUAACUUUUUAAUUUAAAAAAAUUCUUCGAUAUACAUUGUAAGAACCUCAAGAUCAGCGGUCGGCAACCUAAAUUUACUGAAGAUCUACUUUCCAAGUUCGGUGAAUAAGAAGAUCGACAUGGGGGGGGGGGGGGUUAAAUGGUCGUGUUGAGACUAUGCCGACUUCAAAUUAUAGGCGAAAUCUUAUCAAAAUAGACUUUACUACUUAUUAAAUAGUUGCUUAAGUUGAUAAAAUAAUGUUAUGUGAACACUGUUAACUCACAUAGAAAUAUUUUCACCCACAAGUAUAUUGCUUGUUUUAAAAUUGAUAGAAUAAUGAUCAUAAAAAGUUCCAUUGAACAUAAAAAGUUUGGAAAUUUUUCAAAUAAUUUGGACGUUAAACCUUAUUUUGUUAAAGAAAAUAGUACUCUGAUAGAAACCAAGAAAAAAUGUUGUCGCGAUCGAUUGAAAAUAGGCUCGAGAUCGACGGGUUGCCGACCGCUGCUCUAGAUUUAUCUCCUUUAUAACCAAAACAAUGCUUCAGCAAUCAAGCUUAUGAGAGAAAUUUUCAGUGUAAAAUUGUCAAAUAUAAUUCUAAAAUAUAUAGAUUUCAGCUUGUUAAAAACGCUAUACGUUUAACUGCUGAAUGUAGUAAUACCUUGGUUAUACAUGAUAUACACGAAAAUAAAAUUUACAUACAAACUAUAAUAAGAAUUUUUUUUUAAUUACCUUUCAUUUGAACUAUCAUUUUCUUGCCUACGUGAACGUUCUUUCUUUACCUCGGUGAUAUAAAAACAUGCUUAUUUAUUUCAGAAUAGAGAAAAGAAAUAAUUAAAAGAAACAAUUUGUUCAACAUGUCAUUAUAAGAUACAAGGGGGCUCCGUCCCUGCUCGCAUCACUUGCUCCCUUUCCCCCGUUUGCCGCCUGCGGUGGCUCAAUGACGCCUGUGGCAGAUUAUAAUUGAUUAAUUUUAAUACUUUUCCCCUGGAUGUCCUGUAGACUCUUCAUGAAUUCGUAUAACCUGCCCCUUAAGAUUUGGAGGAGUGGGACAGUAUAGAAUAGUUUUCCUUGAUGUCCUGCAUCCAACUGUACCAGCAUUGACCUGGUAGAUAGUAGCAGUCCGAAGGACACCAAGACAGAUAUGCGCAGGUUUUAAUAGCAAGAUAGUCAAAGCUUCUAUUCUAUGCAUUGUGUUUCAAUUUGCAUAACAUUCAAAUAAGCAAAUCCUAAAAUAGUUGAAUUUUAGAUUGGCUGAACAUAUUUUCUGCAUUGUAAUACCACGAAACUGAUAUACAUUUAUAACAUACCCAAAUUCAUGUUAUAAAACUAUUCAAUUUCAAUGCGCUCUGUUUUCCAAACUUCUUAAGGUACAUUAUAUUAAGAUUAUUUUUGCCGUUUUAUAAGGAAUAUAUUUUCCUAGGUUAUCAGCUCAUUACCAAUAAUGUUGAAAUUAUAGAUUCUUUAUAUUUAAAAUUAAUUAAAUCUAUUAUUUUCUAUGACGUAAGCUAAUGGAAAGAAAGUAAAAAAAAAAAUAACAGAAAUAUUAGGGCUUUUUUUAAAAAAUUUGAAUGUGUGAUUUUUACGCAAUUGCAAACGUGAUUUUUACUAAGCUUAGAAAUUGUAUCACACAUUUCCAUCACAGUUCGCCAGCACCGCACACUAUUGUAUAGAAGGCUGCAAUAUUGUAUUAGUCUAGCAUUCACCGAUGAUGUACAGCAAAAUAUUAUAUUUAGCAUACACUAUGUACGCAAAUACACAAAACAGUAUUGUGAAAGAUAAUAAUGGUCUGUAUUUUUUUAAGUAGACUAAAUUUUACCAGUCCAUGAUGAUUCCAUCAAUACAUGUAAGUAGUUAUUUAUUUAUUAAAAAUCCAAA